GUUCCGUGUCCCGUCCUGCUGCAUGUUUGGCUCCUCGCCCUCUUUUCCCGUGUCAACAAAAGUCGAGGGCAAAGGCGCCGUCGUCGGCAUGGACUAGAGGGCGGUCCGACUCCCCGGAGAAAGAGAAGGAGGAGGGGCCGCCCGCCAAAGCUGAAGGCUGCCUGCCUUCCUUCCUUCCUGCGCUCCUUCCGUCCAGCAUGCGCGCCGGCUCCGCUCUGGCUCCGCUCCUGCGGCGGCUCCUGCUGCCCAGCCGCUCCUCUUACGUCAGGACGCCGGCGCGCUUUGCUCUUCCUCCGCAGCUGGGCGCCGGUCGCUGGCAAAGCGGCCUCAUGGCGCACUACGGCACCGAGCAGCGCGGGAAGCUCCACGCGCCCGACUACCGACUGUACUUCAAGAAUUCAAAAGGAAAAUAUAUCUCUCCAUUCCAUGAUAUUCCUCUCUGUGUUGGCUCAAAUGAGGUUCAGGAGAUUCCUGCAAAAAAAUCAAGGACUACUGGAAAUGAGAUCAUCUUUAACAUGAUUGUGGAAGUGCCUCGUUGGACAAAUGCUAAAAUGGAGAUUGCCACGAAGGAGCCAUUGAAUCCCAUUAAGCAGGAUGUAAAGAAAGGCAAGCUGCGAUACGUGGCAAAUAUCUUUCCCCACAAGGGCUAUAUUUGGAAUUACGGGGCCUUCCCACAGACCUGGGAAGAUCCUAGCCUUAAAGAUGACGCUACUAAAUGCUGUGGCGAUAACGACCCCAUUGAUGUCUGUGAAAUUGGUUCUCAGGUUCGUGCAAUUGGUGAGGUUGUUCAGGUGAAGGUCCUUGGCAUUCUAGGCCUCAUUGAUGAAGGUGAGACUGAUUGGAAGAUCAUUGCAAUCAGUGUAGAUGACCCAGAAUCCCAGAAAAUCCAUGAUAUUGUUGAUGUCAGAAAAUUCAAACCAGGUUACCUUGAAGCUACACUCAACUGGUUCAGAUUAUAUAAAGUCCCAGAUGGAAAGCCAGAGAACCAGUUUGCUUUCGAUGGCACGUUCAAAGACAAGGCAUUUGCAUUAGAAAUUAUUAAAUCCACACAUGAAUGCUGGAAAGCUUUGGUUCACAAAAAGGCUGAUGGAGGAGCCAUAAAAUGCACCAAUCUCUCGGUGGGCACCAGCCCUUAUUGCUGUAACGAAGAGGAUAUCGAAGCAAUUGUGCAGUCGGCACCACCUCUUGUAGAAGAGUCCUUUGUUUCCAAAGAAGCUGAUCAGUGGCAUUUUCUUGGCCGGUGAUAACAAUCAAACUUGUCUGAAGUUAAGCUGUGAAAUCUUCCAAGUACUUCUUCCUUUGGCUCUUUGCCUUUCAGCCACACUUAUAUUCCCUCUCACACAUAUGCCUACUUGUGCAAAGAAAGUCGCCAGUGGCUGAACUCUAAAGAUGCAAGUUUUUGUGCACAUUACAGAUUUUCUAUCAUGUAAAUAAAACUGAUUUUAAGAAUUUCA